UUUUACUUUGUUUAAAACUUUCCUUUGUUUAUAGAGCCUCAACAACUUCAUCUUUGCUAAGGUAAUGCUCUGACCUAAUAAGUGAAUAAAUACUCUUUACAGCGAAUUAUGUAGUCACCCAGCCUACACCUCACACGGAGUUAAAGACGAAGAAAAACCCUUAUACUACUGUUAUAUCUAUUCCAAAAAAAUCUGGAUUCAAUAAAUCACGCUUAUUCCUAGUGCUUAUUGUGGGUACGUCGCUAUCGUAACCAACCACAAUGAACAGUGACGAUUCUGAAUUUGAUUCAGAUGCUGAGUCUGGAUAUUCCAUAUUUGAUGAAAAUGAUGGAUACGCUCUUCAUGGACUCGAUAACUCAUUAGGCUUGUCGGAUCUUGUGGACUUUCCAAACAUUCUCCGGGUGUACUCCUGGAUACAGAACCAUUAUAAGAAGAAAAAAGGGCAGCUUCGCCAUGGCGUAAACCGUCAGAAGCACAAAUUACAACCAUUACAUCGACAACUCAACCAAGAAUCCGAGAAAUUGAAAGAGAAAUUUGGACAUUCCAUUGAUGAGUUACAGGCAAAGUGGAAUUCUGGUCAGAUGGUCCGUUUUCGGGACAAAGUAUCAUUUCUUUUGGGAGUUAGUACCUCCAUUUUGACGGCUUUACUUUUGGGAAUGGCUCCAGAAUACAUUCAUAUAUGGUACACAAUCCAACUUCUCAUUUUCCUUCCACUAAGAUACUAUACAUACCAUCGUAAAGGUUAUGUUUAUUUCAUUGCUGAUUUCUGUUAUUGGGGGAAUAUAAUGCUAUUAGCAUAUAUAUGGGUUUUCCCCUUCAGUCGCAGGUUAUUCAUUCUGAGUUACUCCGUGAGUUACGGCACUCUUGCUUGGUCGGUUGUAGCUUGGAGAAACAGUCUUUUAUUUCACUCUCUUGAUAAGAUCACGAGCCUAUUUAUUCAUUUCUUCCCUCCUCUAGUUUUACAUACGCUAGUCCAUCUAGUCAACCCAUCCCAUGUCCAGGAGCGUUUUCCAGCUAUACCAAACGUACCGAAUAUAUAUUUGGGAUCUUCAAUAAAAAUUGCAUCCAUAUCAUACGCCUUAUGGCAGAUAUGGUACUACUUCUUCAUCCAAGUUGGAAAACGUGAAGAAAUUCAAGCAGGAAAACCGACUUCUUUUACGUGGAUGUCAAAAGCCUACUCCAAAACCAUUUUAGGAAAAGCAAUAAACGCAUUGCCUGAAAAUCUUCGACCAUUCGCUUUUAUGGUUCUCCAAUAUUUAUAUUCCAUUACUACGAUGUGUCCAUGCUCUAUUUGGUACAAUAAUAAAGUUUAUUCAACUGUCUUCUUGGUUAUCAUAUUUGGUUGGUCUGUGUGGAAUGGCGCAUCUUAUUAUAUCGAUGUUUUUGGUAUGCGAUUUCAAAAAGAAUUGGAAACUCUAAAACUUGAAAUUGCUAAUGAUCCUUCGCGCUCCUCUCCAUCUAGCGAGUUAGAUCCAGAAAAUUCAAAAAGUUCCAAAGUAAAAUAAAGUCCAAUAAUGCUUGAAAUAUCAUAAGAAGGAACUCACAAUGAAUUAUUAAAAUUAUUAUUAUUAUUAUUAUUAUA